UGUUCCACCACCAAGUCCUACUCGGCGCAGAGGGUGGCGAGGGCGAGGAAGCAGUCAAACAGUUGCCGUGGUGGGCACGCCGUCUUCUUAUACCAGAGCCGCAAGACGGACGCACGAUUCCUUGGAAGCGUCCAAAUCAUCCACUAUAUCCUGAUGGAAGAGCCACAUCAAGCACCACCGUGGCAGCGACGCCGUCAAAUCAGACUGGACUGCGUGUCGGUUCCCAACCAUUCUGCAGCAUGGGGCGGAUGGCAAGCGCACUAUCGAGAUCAUGCACUGGCCAUCAGAGCGCACUGUCGAGAAGUACAACGAGCCGCCGCCGUGUCGUGCACAAACAGCACCAACGACACCAACACGUCCCUCGUGUUGCCGCCACGCCGUCUACGAAGUGGUCGCUCAGGAAAGUAUCAUGUUGCCUCCUGAUACUCCCUCCCGCAUGGACUUCCUCAGCCGGCAGCUUUCCUGCUAGACAGUCACACCCUCGCCAUUGGUCUGAUCAGCAGCACCAUGCGUGCCAAGCUCAUCAACUACUGUUAUUCUCGGGAAGGACCAGAAGUGAGAUGGGUCAACAGCGCCGACGUAUAUCCUCGCGUCGGCUCAGUAAUGUCCGGGUCUCGCGAAAGGGCCGGACGAGAUAUUCAAGGGCCUCGACCUCCGUGCAAGAGCACAACGUGACGCCAUCACAUUGUGCCUGCCCCGGACACACUACACUAUAUUCCUGCCGAAGAAGGAGGUGCAUGUCUCCAACCGGCAUGCCACUCGAUGCUAUAGCUGGAGAUCAACUCUCGCUUGACUACGACCGAGGGCGGAUCUUUCCCCAUCAACCGACCGGAGGCAGCGCGAGCAGCAUUCGACCCAACUACCGCCGUCUGUCCUCCUGGGUUUUGUUCUCGAUUUCCAGCAGACUGAACAUUAACGUAUACCUCGCGUCCAACAACGAGGAAAGCACAAGUUCGCGUGAAAAUAUAUAUCCCCAAAUGUAUAUUGCGCGGUCUCGUGCAAGGGAAGGCCGCUCAGGCUUUGACGGAGAGGGCAGAGCGUCAGAAGCUGAACGACAACGAGCCUGACAUGAGUGUGGGCGAGUUGGACGACAGCUUCCCAAGAUUUCACAAAGGCCCAAUAAGGACAACAAGAACGGGGGGAAACCGGACGGCGACAAGCAGACC